UCUAUCGCUCGAGGUAGUGUCCCGGUGUACGAUGUCGUGAAGCGUGGCAGUUUUGUACAGGCAGAUGUUUUGUUCUUGAGCAUCUAAACCAGUCUUGUAUCCGCCGUUUUGUUAACAUAAACGAUUAUUUCCGAUAAAUCGUCAGUUUCUGUAAUUUGAUGUGACUGUAGGAGCGGCGUGUAUGCGUUCGCACGUCGCAUUUACUCACGAGAUCAUCCUGUACUCCAGUCACAUGUUGUUCUAUGGUGAAACACACGAAAGGGCUGUACAAUCAAUGCCACGCAAUGGAGGAGAUAAGAGUAUCUCCUGACUACAACUGGUUCAGAAGCACCGUACCUCUGAAAAGAAUAAUCGUGGAUGAUGAUGACAGUAAAGUGUGGUCGUUGUAUGAUGCCGGGCCCAAAAGCAUCCGGUGCCCCAUCGUCUUCCUCCCGCCCGUGAGCGGCACGGCAGAGGUUUUCUUCCAGCAGGUCCUGGCUCUCAGUGGAUGGGGCUACCGAGUCAUCUCACUGCAGUAUCCCGUCUAUUGGGAUCUGCUGGAAUUUUGUGACGGAUUCAGGAAGCUUUUAGACCACUUACAACUGGACAAGGUGCAUUUGUUUGGUGCCUCUCUGGGAGGAUUCCUGGCUCAGAAAUUUGCUGAAGUCACGCAUAAAUCUCCCAGAGUUCACUCUCUGAUCCUGUGCAACUCAUUCAGCGACACGUCCAUCUUCAACCAGACGUGGACGGCGAACAGUUUCUGGCUGAUGCCUGCUUUCAUGCUCAAAAAGAUCGUGCUCGGUAACUUUGCCAAAGGACCCGUGGACCCAAAAAUGGCAGAUGCGAUUGACUUUAUGGUUGACAGACUGGAAAGCCUGAAUCAGAGCGAACUGGCCUCUCGACUCACGCUGAACUGCCAAAACUCCUACGUGGAACCUCACAAGAUAAAGGACAUUGCCGUCACCAUAAUGGAUGUUUUUGAUCAGAGUGCCCUGUCACACGAGGCAAAGGAAGAAAUGUACAAGUUGUACCCCAAUGCUAGAAGAGCCCACCUCAAAACGGGAGGAAACUUCCCUUAUCUGUGCAGAAGUGCAGAAGUCAACCUGUACAUACAAAUACACCUGCGUCAGUUUCAUGGGACACGGUACGCCGCUAUCAAUCCAGAGAUGGUCAGUGCAGAGGAACUGGAAGUUCAGAGGUCAAAUCUGAGCAACAACAGUGAGAGUGACGGCGAAUCGUAGAGAGACCAACAGACUUCAUACAAACUGAGUGGUGACUGGAUGAAGCGGGAUCUGAACAUUCAGUAUUCUGGUAUUCUGUUUUUCUAUGACCUUAAACUCAGUUAAAUGUGAAUGGACUUUAAAGAGCCUAUUUUUACUUUACGGAAAAUAAACAAUAUUUUGAUAAGUAUUGCGACUGUAAAUAAGUUCAAAUGAUUACAUGGUGAGAGUUUUCAUAGGAUGCCAUAUUUUGACCCGGUUGCCUUAUACACGAUAUAAAACGCACGUGUUUGUUAAAUUUAGCACUUUUUACUCCUUGAACUUAAUUUUCUGCCUUUUGUACGCUGGUGUUUUUUUUUUUGUUUGUCAUGGUUCGUUUGUUUGUAUGAAUGUUGUCAAAGUCAUUAUAUCCGUUGUUCGUUGGGAGUCAUGCACUGAAAUAAAACUAAACUCGUUUCAACACAAGAUUGUACAAAUAUAUUAUCUUUUCCAAAUGACCCAUCAGGAGUCUUUGAUUUGGAAACGAAUCAAAAAUUGUCAUUUACUUAAAUAAAAGCUGUGUAACCGCA